GAUUAUUAGCAUUUAGCAUUUCAGCGGCUGGUGACAUGACAAAGCGCGCGAGCAGGUCUUGUUACCAUGGCAGCAUCAAACUUUCCCGAGGAACAGAAAGUGUGAGUCGACAUUUAGAAGUCACUUAAUUAAUUAACGUUCAACGUUUUCUUUAACUAAGAUUCGUCUUUUAUUUUGCGUUCAUAUACUAAAAAGCUACAUUUAUUCGAGGACAAAGGUAAAAAUGACGUCGUGAAAGAAAGUCGUCCAUACAGGCAGCAGUGAUGAGUAUGUCUCGGAGUCAGUCUUCUCAGAGAUCCGGGGUCAUGAACUCCGCUUCUGACGGCCAAAAAAGGCGCAGUAUCAUCGCGGAGGAUCAUGAGUGGUCGCUGGCGCUGGUUCCUCUGCUAACAACACUCUGUUUACAGCAUAUUAUAAAACACUUCGAAGAGAAGCCCAUUCUGCAUGAGCUCCAACCCAGCUUUAAAACAUACGUCCUCCAACGACUGCCAGCAUCUCUUCCGUUGACCAUCACUGCAAACCUUAUUAGCGAUGAGAGCUACUGGAAACGCUGCUGUGAAGCUCGCUGGGGACUCGCUGACAUCUCCACGUAUGAUAACAGCUGGAAACAAAUGUUCUUCGAGCGUCACCUUCAGAGCAUCAUUGAACUCUUUAUACCAGACACAACUGACACCAAAACAGUGCUAGAUGUGCUGCCUUUGUGUCAAAACUAUGUCAAGCAGCUGCGGGUUUCUCAGCUGCUGCCGCCCAUUAAAGAGCCGUCCCGGUUUGACGAGGACGACGGGUCAGAGUCUGCCAGUGAUAUGGGCAGUGAUGGACCCUCCAUGGACCACUUUGAUUUCCGAAUGCUGCUGGACAAGCUGCCGAAUCUGAAAGAGCUGAGCGUGGUUUAUUGCGUGAAAGGAUGUGGCAUGAACUUUGAGUGGAAUCUGUUCGAGUUCACCUUCAGAGACUGCGAAUCCCUGGCUAAAGCACUCAAUUCCUGCAAGACUUUACAGGUCUUCAGGAUCCAUCGCAGUAAGGUGGACGAUGAGAAGUGUUGCGUGAUCGUGAACCACCUGCUGGAUCAUCCGUCCCUGCAGGAGCUGGACUUUUCACAUAAUCACAUCAGUGACCGUGGAGCCCGAGCCAUCGCGAAACUCCUGAACCGCAGUCAGCUGAAGACACUGAUCGUCUGCAACAACCAGAUCAGAGGUGCAGGAGCUCAGGCUCUGGCUCACGCUCUGGCCAAGAACAACACUCUGACGUCCCUCAACCUGAGACUUAACCGCAUCGCAGAUGAAGGGGGACAGGCACUGGCUCAAGCUCUAAUCAAGAACAAGACUUUGGUGAAUCUCCACCUCGGGGGAAAUAACAUGACUGAACCCGCAGCCGUGGCUCUGUCUCAAGCCCUGGUGGAGAACUGUGCCCUCAAGAGUCUAAACCUCUGCAACAACAGACUGGGAGCUGACGGAGGGAAGGUUCUUGAGGAGGGAAUGACCCAUAACUGCACUUUGGUGGAGUGUGACAUCCGUCUGACCGAUGUGGAUCAGGACAGUGAGUACAGCAUCUGUCAGGCUCUGCACGCCAAUCAGAUCAAAACCAAACACAACCACGAUCCCAGUGCCAAAGUCUGAGCCAUGCAUACUGUACACGCUAUUAUUAGUCACCGGAAAACUCUGCAAGCUAAUAAAAAUAUUAAAAUUACUUGUAUAUACGUCUUGCUUUAAUACUGUUAUACCAAUGGACAAUUACAAGCAUCUAAUUUUCCAAAAAAAUUUAAUACAACACUGUAAAAAAUAAGUUGACUCCACUUAAAAUUGUUAGGGCAUUGUUUGGACUCUUUAAAUACAAAUACUGUACACUACCUGACGAAAGUAUUGUGGUCGAUCCUACUUGUAAGAGCAACAAAUAAUAUACCCGCAUGGACCUAAGGUCUCACAGAAAUCAGUCAAGCUUGGU